GCUCCGGCACCCGCUAGUGGCAGCGCGUGAAAAGUAUUUGUGCGACGUUCGGAGAAGCAGGUGUCGAACAUUUAAUACAGUUGUUUCUGAAGUGAUUAAUCGAAAACCAUAGGAUUUUUUGAAACAACGAAAAAACAAUGCAAAUAUUCAAAAGGAAAGCGUUCUAUUUCGCACUUCUAAUAGUGCUGCUUAGCAUGUGCCUAGACGAGACAGAAGCAAGGCGAAAGAUUCUAAGAGGACGUCGAACCGUUACUCGCACCUACAAACGCGGAACCAUCAUUCCAGCCUGGGCUAUCAUUACAGUGAUUGGCAUUGCGUAUCUAAUAGUGGGAGGGUUGACAUACCUAGUACUCCGCAAGACGGUACUUCAAGCGCCAAUAGAAAAUGUAAACUCGUAUACGCCGGCAAUGAUGCAGGAUGAUUCGUAAAUGCGGCUAUUGCCGAGUUUUUAGACAUUAUGUAUAAGUAUUAAGUAUUACCAUCGACAUCAACAUUAUCAUAAGAAAUAAAUACGUA